AUGUUGCAUUUAGGUAUUGUGCAACGCGACAGGACAUGCCCCGGCUCAGUCGCCCGGACAAGUGUCAUUUGUCAAUCAUCAGUCGGCGGCGGCACUGACAAGCAAGUACUUACACUUUCGCAUCAAGACACGAACAAGAGCAAGACACCGGCUCCCGUCUGCCUUGACACCAUGUCUCUCGCCGAUGUAACGAAGAACGAACAUUGCCAGAACGGAGGAAUGGUGGAGAAGGCGAACCACUCUGAAGAUGCUACCAGCCUGAGCCACGCACUUACACACACCUGUGCACCUCGGACACCUCCAGCCUCUAUUGGAAGAGACCGCCUCCAUCCUUCCUGCAAGGGACCGCGUCAGGCACCCGGCUCGUUAGUCAGGCCGCGGCUCACUUCCUGA